AUGGCGGCCGCCGCUGCGCGGCCGGACGGACCGCGCCGCGUGUAGUAAUGUCCGCGUCCGCGCCCCACGCCCACGGGCGCACCCCCGUGCGGCGCAGGGGGCACCAACACCACCCGCGACUGCGGGGCGACCGCGUGCCUGCCCCCGGCACCACAUCAAACACUGAUCCGUCCAAACAAGUGACCUUAGUCAAUCAAACAGACGAUGUUGUGCCUUGUGUCAAUAGUGUUAGUGAAUCUCGAGAAGUGACAAGGACGAAUAGUGACGAUGCACUUUCGAAUCGAAAUACAGUGGAGGACUAUACGAAUAUCGAUGAUGAAAUCGAUUUUGAUGAUAAUAUUAGAAUCACGGGAACGGAAUCUCGAGGUAGCUCAGAUGAUGAUUUCUCGUUUAGAGAAGAACGCUCCGCUGGAGACGGAGCGGAGGCUGCUCCAGUAGCUUCUGAUAUUUCUGAUGACGAUCCCGAGACUGUAGAACUUGCAAAAUUAAGAUGUACUAGCGAAUGUACAGAGGUUUUAGCUGAAAGAGAAAGCAGAAGGAGAAGAAGAUGUGCGGAUUAUCCUGGUUUAGCAUUUGGCAGUUCUAUUUUCUCUUCAGAUACUAUGAUGAAAUUUUCUAUAAUCAAGAAUGAGUUGCAGAAUAUCAAGAACACUGCAUUGAAAAGGGCGGAGUCCGAAGUGGCUGCACUCAACCGACGUAUUCAACUGUUGGAGGAAGAUCUGGAGAGAUCCGAGGAGCGUCUUGCUACUGCCACAGCCAAACUGUCUGAGGCCAGCCAGGCAGCUGAUGAGUCUGAACGUGCCCGUAAGGUGCUCGAGAACAGGUCGUUGGCCGAUGAAGAGCGCAUGGACGCCCUGGAGAACCAGCUGAAGGAAGCCAGGUUCCUCGCUGAGGAAGCCGACAAGAAAUACGAUGAGGUGGCUCGUAAGCUGGCCAUGGUCGAGGCUGACUUGGAGCGCGCGGAGGAACGUGCCGAAUCCGGUGAAUCUAAAAUCGUCGAGCUUGAGGAAGAACUCCGCGUAGUUGGUAACAACUUGAAGUCCCUCGAGGUCUCCGAGGAGAAGGCCAACCAACGUGAGGAGGAGUACAAAAAUCAGAUCAAAACACUCACCACCCGUCUAAAGGAGGCUGAGGCGCGCGCCGAGUUCGCCGAGCGUUCGGUGCAGAAACUGCAGAAGGAGGUCGACAGGCUUGAAGACGAGGUGAUAGAAGAGCGCAGUAAGUACAAGGCGAUUGCGGAAGAAGUGGACCAAACGUUCGCUGACCUCUCCGGGUAUUAAGAGGCAGGAGACCACUGCCACGCUGGUCGAAGAGGCUGGCGGCUGCUGGUGGUAUUGGCAGCGUUGAUUUGAGGACUGUACGCCGCUUCCUGAGUAUACUUUGCACCGUGCACCGUGAGAACGAGCGCUUUGUAACGUCUUGAUUGAUGAGACUAUCAGGUUGUAACUCACAAUCUUAGAUUAUUUAGAUAGAGUGUCUCCAUAUAAAAGCUUCGAGAAAAACGGUUCAACUUUUUUAUACAACUUUGCGUGAUAAAUAGUUAUGAGUGUUUCCUUUAUAACUUCUAUAUUUAUUUUGUUUUAUAAUUAUUACAUCUUUUUAAUGCGUAAAAACUCAUUUUAUUUAUUUAAUAUUUAAAUAUAUAUACUUCAAGAUAUAUUUUGUGCGUAAGUAUAUAGAACACUGGAAAAAAAACGAGACAGCUAAUUUGACAAGUUGCUGACAAAAAGUUGACUCGUUUUUAAGACUCGAUGUUCUAUGUGUAUAAUCUAAGCUUACAGUCUAUUUCAAUAGAAUUUAAUGAAAAGGUAAAUGUUUUAUCGAAAUUAUCAGCGAUACACAAUAAAUGAAAUGAUUAACAAAUAGAAACAUUGAAUUAAUUAAUUGAUUUUCCUAUUGGACAUUAACAGACUCUAGUCGAGUUAGUUAUAUGUUACUUUACAUUUUAAUUAUGUUUUAUUCAAAGAAACUAUAUGCACAUACAUUUUAUUCCGUCAAAGUCCAAGAUGACGUAAAGGAUAAAAAUAUCAAAUUGCUAUUCAAAAAUUUAAUUAACAAUUAAAUUAUUAGAGUCACAGACAGCUGCGUCGGUUCUUUGGGGAAAUCCCAUGGUUUUCGAGGACUAAUAUGUUUAUUAAAAAUAAAGAUGUAAAUGAAAAAGCAGUAAGUAUAACAUUUAUUUUCAUUAUAACAUAACGUAAAGCGUGCAAAUAAAAACUGUUUGAGUUUGGAUUAAUUAAAGUUUGCCACGUAAAUUUUCACAUGCGCAUAAAAUAUAAUUUUGCAAUAAAAUUUUUGUAGUUUAUUACAGAACAGUAAUAUUACAUUUAUAGCUUUUUUAUUAUACAAUUUGCUCGCAAGAACUGAGAUUAAAAAUAUGCCAAAAUUUUUAUUACAGAGUAAGAUAGGUAAUCUAGUUAUCUCAAGUUUUAAGGACAUUACAGAUACAUCUUUUACAAUUAUAAAGUUUAAAAUUACAUCCUUUUAUUGAUAUGGCAACAUUAUUUGUCUGAUAGUCUUGUCUAGGUAUUGAACUGAUUUUGAGAAAGUACGCUGCCAUCUGGAUGAUCUUAUGAAGUGCCUACUUUAAUCGCUGUUCUAAAAUCACAUUCCAACCUUUUAGUUCCAUGCUUUAUAUAUUUUUUAUUUGCAUCAAUAUUGCAAUAUUUAUAAGAUUUUUUUGUCACAAUGUAAUCUAAUUAGCUAUAUUAUGAGUUACUGCAUCUUCAAACAAUUCCUACAAGGAACUAAUUAACUCCUAUAUAUUACGUGUAAAAAAAUUAAUGGGAACAUGUAUUGUUUUGGAUUGUUGAGUGAUAUGAAAAGCAAGUUAUGUCCAAACUUGUUGUCUGUACGUUCAUAAAAUUAUCCUUGUUAGAGUUCAAAAAAAUCAUAGAUCGUAAAUGUAAUUUUUGAAAUUUGUACAAACUAUUUAGCUAUAUAUCAUAAUGUGACAUUAAUAACUAAAUGAUAUAGUAUGUCGGUUACAGAUUAUUAGGCUUGUUAAAUUGAAAUAUAUUUAAAAUUUUAUUUUUAUUAAAACAAAAAAUAAAAACUUUUGAUCAUGUGAGCGAAAUUCGAUGACAGUGUUCUAUAAGUAGUUAUAAGCAUAAAAAAAUUCAGACUUUUUCUUCUUGAUCCUUCUUCUUAAUUUUUUUUAAAUAUCUAAUGUAAAGCAUUAUCUGUGAUAGACGGACAGAAAGGUCUUUCCAUAGGUGUGCCCAUUUUCAAUUACACUACAAUAUACAACAAUAAGGUGUGAGAAAUUUUUCAACCACGUAAAAUAUAUGAAAAUUAUUUCGUACCAAGUUUUUCAAUCUGUGACCGACCUAACGUUAUUUCAAAGUGAAUCCUGCAUAUUAUUGGCUCAAAAUAUCUAAUGUAUGUAAAUACAAUUGAACAAUUAGAUAUCGUUGGUAAAUAGCUAAUUACUGUAAUUUAAUUUUACACAGCUUACAUUUGUCCGUCAGUUAGGUAAAUAUACCUACUGAUAGCUAUGCCAAUAUGCUGUGUCAUUUAAAUAUAAAAUUCAUACAUACACCGUACGCAAACAAGGAGACAAAAGUAUUUCCGCUAGUUUACAAAAAUGUGGUACAUUGUAUAUACAUAUAAUUUUAUAUAACAAUGAGAUCCAUGCCUCCAUACUACAUACGUGUUAAUCAAACAGCUUUGAGCUUUAUAUUUAUAUAAAUAUACCCAAUAAAAGUAGUAAUAUGUUUUCUUACAUAUGAUUUCAAUAUAAUAAAUAAAAGUUUUUUUUUAAUACAACAAUAUUUAUUAUGGUCUAAUAAAAUAAAACUUGUAUAAUUAACAAUAAUAAUAACAAUACUCACUGCCGAUUGUUUGUCGCAUUAUUCAUAAAAACGUAUAAUAACUUCCAUUAACUUUUUGCUUUAAUUCAGAAAUACUGAAAAUGAAAAUAUUUUUUUUUCUGGAGUCUUAAGAAUUGAGUUCCAAAGAGACGAUUUUUUUUAAUAACUUAUGGGUAGGUAAUACAGGAUUUUAUUCCGACCAACGUGAAGCCCAAUGAUACUAUUACAAAAAAUGCAUAGUUUUUCCUUGUGAAAAUAUUUAAAAUAUAAUUUAAUGGAAAAGGUUUCUUAGAAGUAUACUCAGAUAUGGGUUUAAUUUAGAUAUCACAACUGUAUGAAAUUUCUUUGUUACUUUUUAAUACAUAAUGAUCAAAGCUGACUGAGUGUAGCUAAAAUUUGAUUCAGAAUUUCUACGUAAAAUUUAUCUUAAAAAAUGUUGUAAUAAUAACACUGGAGAUGUUAUUUUUUAAAAGAAGCGGUCAAUCAGUAAUUUGCGAUCAUAUUGUAACACAAUUUUCUAUAGAUAUCUGGAAUAAGUCACUGGCCUUUGGUAAUCUUUUUAGGUACGAGUAUAUGACGUUUUUAUGAAUAAAGUGACACCUUAUUUCACCAUUUUAAUAUAUUAAAUUUAGAUAAACUAUUAAUUGCAUUACUUGUAAACAAUCUUAUGAAGUUAUGUAACGAUUUGUGUUUCUAUAAGGCACUACAAGUAUUAUAAUAGGUUUUAUACUUGUUUAGCAAUAGAUUUUGUAUGUGAUUUUCAUUGUACGUACUUAAGCUAAUUCAUUCUCCAUGUCCCGAAUUAGGUACCUAUACCUUAUUAACUAAUGAGCGCUUACUACUUACAUAGUUACUGUUUAGCUUAGAUAUCCCAAUGAAGUACGGUCAGUGAAACUGAUUUCUGAAUCUAUAAAACCUUGAGCUGUCAGGAAUCAAUUUCCAUUCUCCAAUUUUCAAUGCUUUAAUGACUGUCAUUCUAUAAUAAAACACAUUUUGUAUUAA